GGUAGACAGCAUCAGCUGGUCGGGUGUCAGGAGUCCUGGUGCCUCUUCCCACCCCCGCGGGCCCAUCCAUCCACCUGCUGCUCCACACUGCAAUGAUCCCCGGUCCCCUGGGUGGCUGAAGCAUGUGGGAGGAAGCAAAGGAGGUAAAACCCGCAUGUCUCGCCUGGGAUCUCAAGUCCGCAGUCUCCUGCAUCCAUAAGCAGCAUCCUCCAAGGCCCUCACCCUCCCCCUGUGUGCGGAUGGUACGCUCCGGUAAGCCUGGCUGGGCUGCAGUGGAUGUUGCUAGAAUCCACGCGGAGGAAGGAAGAGACGCAAGCAGGCUGCGGUGACCCAAGCGGCCACCCCUACUUCAAGGACCCCUUCCUUGAGAGACGACAUCAUGACCCAGGGAAAGCUCUCUGUGGCUAACAAGGCCCCCGGGACUGAGGGGCAGCAGAAGACAAAUGGCGAGAAGAAGGAGGUUCCAGCAGUGCCCUCGGCGCCGCCCUCCUAUGAGGAGGCCACCUCUGGAGAUGGGCUGAAGUCAGGGACCUUCCCCCAAGCCCCUACAGCUGUGCCCCUCCAUCCAAGCUGGGCCUAUGUGGACCCCAGCAGCAGUUCCAGCUACGAAGCUUUCCCCACAGGAAACCAUGAGCUCUUCACCACCUUCAGCUGGGAUGACCAGAAAGUUCGCCGGCUCUUCAUCAGAAAGGUCUAUACCAUCCUGUUGGUUCAGCUGCUGGUGACCUUGGCUGUUGUGGCUCUCUUUACCUUCUGUGACGUCGUGAAGGACUACGUCCAGGCCAACCCAGGCUGGUACUGGGCAUCCUAUGCCGUGUUCUUUGCAACCUACCUUACUCUGGCUUGCUGCUCUGGACCCAGGAGACAUUUCCCUUGGAACCUGAUUCUGCUGGCCAUCUUUACCCUGUCCAUGGCCUAUCUCACUGGGAUGUUGUCCAGUUACUACAACACUACUUCUGUGCUGCUGUGUCUGGGAAUCACGGCCCUCGUCUGCCUCUCAGUCACCAUCUUCAGCUUCCAGACCAAGUUUGACUUCACCUCCUGCCAGGGUGUGUUGUUUGUGCUGCUCAUGACCCUUUUCUUCAGUGGACUCCUCCUAGCCAUCCUCCUGCCCUUCCAAUACGUCCCCUGGCUCCAUGCCGUCUAUGCCGUGUUAGGAGCAGGCGUGUUUACAUUGUUCCUGGCAUUUGAUACCCAGUUGCUAAUGGGUAACCGUCGCCACUCACUGAGUCCCGAGGAGUAUAUUUUUGGAGCCCUCAACAUUUAUUUAGACAUUAUCUAUAUCUUCACCUUCUUCCUGCAGCUUUUCGGCACCAGCAGGGAAUGAGGAGACCUCCCCAUCCCUACGUUCCUCCAGAGAACGUCCCUUCCCUGUCCUGUGACCCCUCUGUGCUCCUGCAAGUCCAGACAUAAACGUGCUGCAGCCAGCUCGUGAGCGGUCGCUCUCUCCUGCAGCCAGCCCUCUGUAGCUUGUACAUACGCCAUCCUUGGGGCCCGACAGACCUGAGGCCACACCAACCCCGCGGUGCCCCUGACACCCAAUUACAUCCUCCAAGUGGGACAGUCAUGGCUGAGAGCACCUCUGGAUUUGCAGACCCAGGGAAUGAGUGGGAGGAAGCCCCCUCAGAGGUGGGAAGGAGACCCCAGAAACCUGGCUGCAACUGUGACCCCACCAAACCUGUUCUAGGAUUUUACUUCUUCUCUCAGGUUGUAAGGGCAAAGACUGAGGGGACAGACUGGAACAUAAGGACCGGGCACCGGGUGUGGGGGUGAAGCUGUCCCAGGCUGCCCCUCUCUCGGCUGUUAGGACCAGUGGCUUGUUCUAGAGACCUGGACAAUUAUAAAAGGAGUAGGGAUGCUUCCAUUGCUUUCCUCAGUUUGCCCUCCCG